AUGGAUGAUAGAGUAAGGUUAAAAGUAUAUUAUGAUGGCCAUAUUUUAUUACAAACAUCAGAAGGAGUGAAAUUUGUGUGUGAUAAUCCGUUAGAUAUUGUUAUUCCAUUCACACUGUCAUUUGAAGAAUUAAAAGGGAUCAUAUGUGAGAAAAUGGAUUUUGAAAUAUCUAGGAGAGUGUCGUGUAUUCUGUACAGAUAUCCUAUAUCUGUCUUUGGUGGGUUCGUGCAAUUUCAAACGAAAUACGUGACCGACGAGGCGAGCAUGCAAGAAAUGUUUUCAGUGUAUCUUGAAAGUCGGUCGCGAGUGACGUUUAUCGAAAUGUAUAUCGAGUUCGAGCAAUCUGCAGCGGACCGAGAAAUUGAGUUGGAGGAGUACAACAGUGAUAGUGAAGAAGACUUCGAAAGUAACUAUGAGGUCGUUGAUCCAGGUGGAAACGAAGAUGAAGCUGACGAGGCUAUGGUGGCAGAUGUGGCGGACGUGGCAAAUGCACUAGCAAAUCAGCAGCCGUUUGUGGAGCCAAGUUUCAUGCGGUCGUUGGAUUUGGAUGCCAUGCAUGCACCGGAGUAUCCUCAAUAUUUAAAUGCAGGGGUGGUUGGUUCGACCGGACCCGACUGGUUGCCCAGACCGGACCGGCCGGUUCGACCAGACCGGAGCUGCCGGUCUAACCGCACCAGUUCGGUCUACCAAAUUGACCGAUUUGACAGGACCGGCCAUCUAGAUCGAAUCGGCCGUUCUGACUACUCUAAAAUUUGUGAUGUUAUUGCAGCAGAGCUUCCCCUUAUGCCGGAUGGUGAAUUUACUGUGGGGAUGGAAUUCAGUUCUAGGGAGGCAGUAAUUAAGGCGAUGAAAGAUUAUACAAUCCGCAGAGGUGUGGAUUAUCGGGUGCAUGAGUCAGAACCGACGACAUUCUAUGCUAAAUGCACCCAGUAUGGUGCAGGAUGUGAUUGGCUGAUAAGGGUGAGCAAAAUGUCCAGGAAGUUCUGCUGGGAGAUUAGGAGGUACAACGGUAGCCACACUUGUACUAGGGCCACCAUUUCUCAAGAUCAUUCGAAGCUAGAUUCCAACACAGUUGCAGAAGCAAUAAAGCCGUUGGUAGAAGUUGACCCGUCUAUUAGGGUGAAAUCAGUGAUUGCGGAUGUACAGUCAAAGUUUAACUACACCAUUAGUUAUCGCAAAGCAUGGUUGGCUAAACAGAAGGCAGUGGAAUCAAUUUUUGGAGGGUGGGAAGCUUCGUACGAAGCCUUGCCGAUAUGGGAGAUGACUUGGUUCCUAAUAUUCGUGUGCUAA